AUGAUGUCUCCUCCAUCAGCCGACAACGAAGCAAUACGUAAUAUGACGCUCAGCGACGAUUCCUCCACAACGGGCGAAGAGGGCGUGGUAGAGAGCAGUGGUAGCAGCGACAGCAGCAACACAACGACCACUCCCCGAUAUCAUUACAAAGGAUGCCACACUCCACCAAAGGCCCCCAAGCAAAUAUUUGCUCGCUCAGCCGAGAAAAUAGCACGCCGUAAAGGGCAUAUGCGCUGGUUGGAUAAGCACCAGGGCGUGAAGUGGGACAACACCACGGAUGUAAUGGCUGGGUUGGAUCGGUUUGUGAUCAAAAAGCUCCGCAACAGCGCGUGCGAGAUUAUGUGGCAGUUCUUCCCAAUGCGUAGCGAGGGAUUCUCUUCGGCCACAUACACUGGCCAAGGUGGGCUUGUUCGUGGUCCAGACGGAACCGUCAAGUUUCUGACGGCUGCCCACAACACUUGCAGCGAAAAUGAUUGA